AAGAAAUGCCUUCUACUUGUCCUUGUCCACCUCCUGGUUUCAGGUUUCAGCCCUCUGAUGCUGAGAUUAUUGGGUUUUACUUGAUCAACAAGAUACUGGGCAGACCGAAUGCUUUUGAUGUCAUCAGCACCGUUGAUGUCUACUCCAACAGCCCUGAUCAGCUUCCACUCGGUAAUGCUGGGCACUUUGAAGAGAAUGAAUGGUAUUUCUACACAACUAGGCCAAACAGCAGCCAUUUUCUAACGAAAGAUGGCUACUUUGCCACUUCUAUGGAUGAGCAAAUCUUUCAUAACAAUCAAGUGGUUGGUUUCAAGCAGAUUCUGAGAUUUUACCUUGGUAGACCACCAACAGGGAUGAAAACCAAUUGGGUCGUCCAUGAAUUUCGUGUUAACCCUAAUAUAUUUCCAGCUGGGAAACUUGAUAAUGUUCUUCAGGUGAAGCUAUCCAGUUUUGUAAUGUGCAAAAUUCUUCAUACACAAGAACUUUUUAUCAAGUUGUCAGAGAAAAGAGUCAGGGAUGAACGCGAUUCUUUGAUGAUUGAUACGGAUGAGAUGCACAGUAAAAGGCUGAAUCUACAAAUUAGAUAAGUACGUACUGUUUGAAGGAACUAAUUAAGCUGCUAGCUGGCAGAAGAAUAGACCAAAUACAGUGUAGUUUUGUGGUUUUUAUUAGUGUGAUCAUAAGUAUGAGCUCCUGGUUUGCAGAUUAGCUGACCAAAAUAGAAUCACAGCAUUAUUUGAUGCCUUGAUUGUUUUGUACAUAUAUGUGUUUACAUCUUGCUAA